GAAUCAUAAACAUGCAUAGAUUGAAUAUGAAUUCAAGAUUAACAAGUAAGAGUAAUCAAUAAUCAUACAAUCAUCCAAUCAAAUAUAACAUAGCUAGGGUUCCUCAAAACUUAAGUGAAGGGAAGUUACUCCAUAGAGAAGAGAGAGAAUACAUAUGAGAAGAUGAAAAACUUCAUUGCGGUGAUGAGAUUAUUCUUCUGAUCGGUAAUAUCCACUCCUAAGAUUGAUUCAUGGAUCCAAUGUCGAAGAAAUCCUCCAAAAUACCUCAAAGAAUGUUACCAAGUCGCUUUCUCUCAUAGGAUUCAUUUCUUCGGUGUUUGAGAUCCAAAAAACCAGCUCCCAUGUUCAAAAUUUACAGAAAUCCAAAUAUACCCAUAUGAGUCAAUGCUAGGGGCUUGAUGUUGAAGGUUCAGGUCGUGAUAUCCAAAAAUCGUUGUUUCAUUAAGUGGGGAAUGUCACGACCUAAUGCCAUGGUUAGGUUGUGACAUUGAAGGUCAGGUCGUGAUAUUGGGAAGUGAUUCUGCCUUUUUCGUCAAUUUCACAACAUAGGAUAAGAUGUCACCCCCUGGAUCGUGAGUUCGUGACAAUGGGGCGAAAUCCCCUUUUCGUCCCAUUUUGACCUCCAAACGUCCCAAACUCACUCCUAAUCUUACUCUAACUGCCAGGGCCUUAAAUACGGGGAAAAGAACUCAACCAAGCAUGAAAUGGGCAUAUGAAAGAGUACUUUCAAACCAAAUGAAUAAGAAACUCUCAAAAUACAAGGGGAAAAACAUGUAUGAUUAAGGUCGCAUCAAUCAUUGCAUCGAUAAUAUGCAUCGACAAUAAACGAAACUAUGAUAAAACCAAGGCGACAUCUUCUAGUUUAAGUUGUAUAUCAUAGUUUUAGAGACGACAAAACAACUAUUUUCAUCGAUUCCAUCAAUUAUUGCACAUUUGCAGGUUCUGUUGACUUAAACAUCGUACUUUUGAUUCAUUAUAAGGAUGAUAGUCAAAUUAACUACUUGUACGCUCUCAACUAUUUACUUUGCUAAAAUAAAUUUUCAGAUAUUUACGUAUCAUUUAGACAUGGAAGGAAAUUGAAAAGAAAAAAAAAAGAAUCUUAAGAUGAUUUGUUGCCAUUCAAACCAAUGUCAAAGUUAUCUGCAAAUUUGAAUAUGAUAAACAAGAAAUUUCAUAAUGGUAUCCAACUAAUAUUGCUUACAAAAACUUUGUGAAUGACCAUAAUUGUUCAUUUCGCCUAAUAUGACACAAUUUCAACUAUGGAAACUUCAUAUAAACAACUCACUAUAUAAAGAUAACAACACUCCAUCAAAUCAUGUAACUUGUAUUGGAAUCUGCAAAUUUUCAUUACUGUUGCUCACAACCCGAAAAAGGUAUGAUAUGAAUUUGAACCAAACAAUCUCUUCCAUCAAGGGAUUAGUCCUAGUAUGCAAGCUUUUCCAUUUUACAAAAAUUAUAUUAUUGAUUUUUUCUUAUUUCACCCUUCGAUUCAAAUACCUUAUUCACGCCAUUUCAUAAUAGUUAUCUGACGUGUGUAGAAAAUUUUGACUUAUUUCUCUAAUUGUCUCUGAAUUUGUUCAUAGAAUCUAUUGAAUAUUAUCAUUACAAAUUCCAACAUUUUGAAUUUACAUAUACUAAUUACUAUCACACACCAAUUAAAAAAUGUUACAUGAAUUUGAACUGGACAUGCUCUUCCAACAAGAGAUAUGCCAUGCUACUAUGUAAUUGCUUAUUCAUUUCCCACAAAUAAUAUUAUUCCAUUUUGCAAGACUCACUCCUCAAUUCAAACAAUUCAUCAUCCGCGCCAUACUAUAACGACUAUCUGACACGUGCAGAGAAUGUCAGUUCAUUUCCUUUAGUUAUCGAUGUAUAUGUCCAUAGAAUCGUCGAUCCAAUUGAUUUACUCAUCGAACAUGUUUAACAUUCAAAAGUAUUUAUUUAUUAUUCUCGAUGCAACUUACACUUGAAACUAAGUUGAUUGUAUAGCUUAUUAGUAUUUUUUUUCCUUCUUUCAAUUUUGUGUAGUCCCGUCGGCCAACGAAACCAUCUCCAUCCCAAUGGGAGUGACGCAAGAGGAAUUCACCACCUUCCAUUCCAUCGACCGCGACCUCUAUGUCAUCUUGAGCAUCGCAUUGUGCCGCGACCCAAUGGAAUGCAUGCAAAUCAUGGCAUUUUGGUUGUGGCUGGAGCGGAUCUGCCCAUGCGACGUCGUUUACAAUAUCUUGUCUCUGCCGUGGGCCCUCAUCAACGAUCUCGCCGAGGAAGCCACCCUGUGCCUUAGCUGCAUCAACUCCGACGUCUUCAUCCCGGCGCCGGACAACCUUGACGUCAUCCCACUGACCGUCGCAGUACUAGACAAGGACUACAUAUCCCUCCCUUACUUUUUCCAGAACCGCUUCGAAGCGAGGAAGAAGAUAGCUCAGGAAUACAGCACCGUCUGUGUGCGUGCCCUAAGCGAUAUCAUGCAAAAGGUUAUCGAGCAGAAUGCCUGGCAGGCCACAAAGGCCGCUGCUGCAGCCGCCACAGCCGCUGCCACAACUGCUUUCGCCGCCAUGCAGAUGCCUUCUGCGUCGUUUGCUGCCAAUUCACCUAAGGAUGUGCCGAUCCAGCCUGUACAACAACGUGAGCAACAACAACAACAGGGAAGUGAUGGGGUCGAGACGGCGGAUGGGGACGAUAGGACCAUGUUCGCAACGUUCUCCAAAGGGUACCCGAUUAUGGAAAGGGAGCUGAGGGAAUUUCUCGGCAAGAACUUCGGCAGCAGCUGCAUCGAGUCGCUCCACAUGCACGAGGCGCCGCCGCCAAAGCAGUCGUUGUAUGCUAAAAUCAUCUUUCGGUCGGCGACCACCGUAGAGAUGGUGCUCAAGGGGAUGCACAAGGCCAAGUUCAGCAUCAACGGCAAGCAUGUUUGGGUCAGGAAGUUUAUCCCCUACAAGAACAACUCCAAGCCCUCUGUAGGUGGAUCGGCGGGUGCUAGUAGUAGUGGCACUGUUGUUGGUGCCCCUCCACCGCCCAACUGAUAUUUGGUAGUGAUUUGUGUGUUUCGUGGUGAAUGAUGAGGCGAAUUUGGGGUUAAUAAGCAAUUAUGAUGGUUGGGAUGUUUGGGUUGAGGUAAUUUGGUGUGUAUUAGUGCACCUCAUUUUAUGGCUUUGAUUCUAGCUAUCAUAAUUCAUGUUUCAAUAUAAUUGCAUGUUUUCGAGCUUAAAAUAUUCUUAUCAGCUUAUUCAUAUAAUUUGAGUGUUCCUAUAUUUUUUUCCCUUCAUGAACGUUAACGUUAACGUGACCAUAAUUCAUUACAUCUUAUGAUAAUAGUUGGAGCCGAUCCACAUUAUAUAACAUGGAUCAUGGAAUAAACCUUUUGAAGUUCAUAUUUGAGUAAAACGUGAUUAAUUUUGAAGAGUAAAACCUGAUGUUUAAACUCGAUAUUGAGAAGGCGUUUGAUAACGUCAACUGGAGUUGCUUGUUUAAAGUUCUCACUAGUUUGGGUUUCCCCCAAAAAUGGCAGGGUUAGAUCCAGGGUGUCAUGUGUUCUCCGGUCUACUCAAUUCUUAUUAAUGGAGAAGCAAAAGGUUUCUUUCCGGGUCAUAAGGGUCUUCGUCAAGGAGAUCCUCUCUCAUCGAGGCUCUUCGUGCUUAUCAUGAAUAUUCUCUCUCUUUUGCUUGGUAACCUUCAGUAGGUGGGGAGACUUAAGGGAUUCUGUAUGGAUGAAGAGAGGGGUCUCGGGGAGGUGACACAUCUUCUAUUCGCCGAUGAUUCCCUAAUCUUCUGUGAGGCUUCCCAUGAGCAUAUUCUCCUUAUUUCGGUUGUGUUGGUGUGUUUCCAGGCUAUUACUGGCCUCAAGAUUAAUCUCAACAAAUCGGUGAUGUAUACUGUGGGGGAUGUUCCUGAGCCAAGGUUUUUUGCUGAUUUAUUUGGAUGCAAUUGGAGUCGAGAUCCGUCAAUCUAUCUUGUGUUUCCUCUCGGUGCUAAAGCUAAUGGGGUGGAUAUUUGGGAUCCCAUUGUGUCAAAAUAUCAAAAGAAGUUACAAGGGUGAUAUCUCUCCUUUGGGGCCAAGCUUGUGCUUAUCAAAUCCAUCAUGUCCAGCCAACCUGUCCAUCUUUUUUCUCUUUUUAAAGCCCCUAAACUGGUGAUUCGGAGGUUGGACAAAACCCAUAGGCAUUUUCUUUGGAACGGUACUGGCGAUGGCUCGAAAGUCCCUCUGGUUAAAUGGGACACUUGCAAGGCUUCGAUGUCAAAUGGUGGGCUUGGCAUCAUCGAUUUAGCUAGCUUUAACAGUGCUCUCCUUUCCAAAUGGCUUUGGCGCUUUGCUGUCGACCGACAUGGAUGGUGGCGCAACCUUAUUGACAUCAAGUACCCAAGCAAUGUUUCCUCGUGGCGAUCUGGGCGGAUCACUGGGGGGGUUUUCCAUAUCAGUUUGGCCCAAUAUUUUACGUGAGACAGGUGAUUUUGGGAAAUCCGCCGGUUUCGAUCCUGACGGAGGCUCUUAAUCUCUUUCUGGUUUGACCACUGGCUUCUCGGUACUAUGCUGGCCUACUCCUUCCCUCGCGUUGCUGCCACUGCUAGAACUCCCGAGGUCGUUAACCGCUCUAGUGAGGUAUUGGGGUGCAAUAUUUCUUUCAAUGUUACCUUGAGAGGGGGGACCGAGAGGGAGCGUGUUGAUCUUUUGGCUUUGCUCAAUUCUAAUGUUGUUGGGAGAAUUACUAACGGUCCUGUAGACUGGUGUGGCUUCCAAACCCAGAGUCUAGCUUUUUUGUUUGUACAGGUUGAUGAGGGAUGCUCGGUUUUCGCGGGAGGUGAACUUUUCGAAGGAGAAUAUUUGGAACCAAAUGAUCCCCACCAAGGUGUGUUUCUUCCUUUGGACGCUAUUUCACAAGAAUAUCAAUACUCUCGACAAGUUAAAGGGCAGGGGUCUGGCCCUCGCCAACCGAUGUGAGCUCUGCAAAAAGUGAUUACAAAGAUUAGAUUCGUUAAACAACACUAAAACAUGUAACAAAAUCUUACAUUAGAA